AAAUGUGUAGACUGUUCUAUCAAGUAUCAAUUUCGAGAUCAAUUUUAAUGAAAACCUUUUAGCAUGAUGGUUUAUGGUGUAGUACAGUCCUUAUGGAUGCUCUCACUCCUCAUUGGAUGUAGUGGGUAUAAUCCAUUAACAGAAGCAGCUGAGAAACACAACUCAAUUAAGAAACUGGACGAAUGUUUUUGUCAAUUAUCAGGUCCAGUUGAUGUUUGUUGUUGUGAUGUAGAAACUGUUGAUAAAUUAAAUACUGAUAAGAUAUAUCCGUUAGUAUCAGAACUGAUAAAGCAGCCAUACUUUAAAUAUUUUAAGAUAAAUUUUAAAAGAAAAUGUCCAUUUUGGUCAGACGAUGGUAGCUGUGUUUUAAAGAACUGUCAUGUUGAACAAUGCUCUGAAGAGGAUGUUCCAGUAUUUUUAAAAGGAGAAGGGCCCUCUGAUCAGGUAGUGUGCAGUCUUAAAUCAGAGGAGGAAACUAAAUUAAGCAGCAUUGUUGGCAAAUUUAGUUCAGAGCAAGUCCAAGAGUUUGCAGAAUGGGCUGUACAUGACGACGAGCAAGAAAACUUUUGUCUUAUGGAAGAUGAUAGUUCAGAGAAUGCUAGUUAUGUUGAUUUGAUUAUCAAUCCAGAGCGUUAUACUGGAUAUUCUGGAUACUCGGCUCACAGGAUCUGGUCCGCUAUACAUAACGAAAACUGCUUUAGGCCAAAGUCUUCAUCUCGUCCUGGCCUUCCAUUAGCAGCCACACUAAUGCAAGAACUGUGUUUGGAGGAGAGGGCAUUCUUUAGGCUAAUCUCUGGACUGCACUCCAGCAUCAAUAUACAUGUAGCAGCUGAAUAUAUACAAUCAGGUGCUCUAACUGACGCUCCCAGGUUCGGUCCCAAUUUGAAUGAAUUUGUGAGAAGAUUUGAUUCAUCAAACACUAAUGGCCAAGGUCCAGUUUGGUUAAAGAAUAUAUACUUUGCCUAUCUUGUGGUUCUAAAAGCAGUCACUAAGGCUGAGAGAGUGUGGUCUAAUUACGUGUUUUACACUGGGAACGAAAAGGAGGAGGAGACUAUUAAUAAAACGAUACAAAAAUUGAUAUCGUCAGCAAAUGGGUGUGGUCACAGUCUAUUUGACGAGAAGCAAUUAUUUAACAAAGACACAGCUAGCGAACUGAAAGAGGAGUUUCGUGCUCAUUUCUUGAACAUAUCACGUAUAAUGGAUUGUGUUGGCUGCAGCAAGUGCAGACUCUGGGGCACACUGCAGGUCCAAGGGAUAGGGACUGCUCUAAAGAUACUGUUCAGUGCCAAAUCUCAUUUUCAUCUAAAGAGACAAGAAAUAGUUGCACUCUUUAAUGUACUGGGAAGAUUGUCGAGCAGCAUAAAAGCACUCCAGGGAUUCAAAUCAAUGCAACAAGUCGACAGACCAGACCCACCACCUCCUGUCUCAGCUCCACCCAACACUCACAGAACAAAAAAAGAACUUUAAAAAUCAAUUCACAUCAACAGAUCAGAUGUAUCAUGCAUAUUCAAUUAUUAGCAUUAGUAUUAUUUAAUUAUUAUUAAAUCAAUUUAUAACAAAUCAACUGUA